UUCUGCUGUUGGUAAUUUAGAGGCUUGGUUUUCUGGGCCUCAGUCACCAUGUCUAUGUUGGCGGAACCUAGGAGGAAAACACAACAGUGUUUUAUUAAUCCAAGAGGUGACGCCUGGGCAAAAGAUGAAAACAAAUUUGGCCAGAAGUUAAUGGAAAAAUUUGGAUGGUCUAAAGGGAAAGGCCUUGGAAGAGAAGAACAGGGAAUGACUGACUGUAUCAAGGUUCUAACAAAGGACAACAAGAAAGGUAUUGGAUACAAGGGGUCCGACGACGAGUGGAUCAAACACUACGAAGGAUUUGAAAGCGUCUUGGCUAACCUCAACAGUGAUAAUUCCAAGGAGAACUCUUGUUCUAACAGUGCUGCUAACAGUGAUGAUGAGAAAAAGAAUGCAUCAUCCUUAGAGAAGCGGUCGAAGGGCUCCCGAGCCAGAGUUCAUCUACACAAAUUCACUCGUGGCAAAGAUGUGAGCCGUUAUAAUUCGGAUGACAUUGCAUGCAUCAUUGGGUCAAAAAGAUCCAAGCAACUUGCUGAUAUUGAGGCAACUCAGAUCAAGGAAGAGGAUGAGGUUGGUCAGCAAGUGAAGCUGAAUGGCGUUACCACUGUUAAAGGUGGUACGGUUCAGGAAUACUUUGCUGAGAAAUUGGCAAAGCUCAAGAUGGCACAGGCACUUCAACAAGAAAGAGAAGAUGAGGAUGACAUUGACAAGAGAAGAGAAAGUGAGAUUGGGGAUGAGAAUGGCAGACAAGGUUUUGGCUAUUGUUAUGAAGAACAAAUGCCAGUUAAUGGCAAGGUGUCUGAGAAUGAGAGAGAGGAGAGAGUAGGGUUUGCAUUUGAGUAUCCAGAGAACGGAGACGAUUACACUGGGGAUCAGGCAGAAAAGAAAAAGAAAAAGAAGAAGAAGAAGGACAAGGUCAAGCAGAAGGAAGUAGGAGAAGAAGAAAGUGUGUCUGACACUGAGGCUUCAGUCUCAAAAACUGAGAAGAGGAAGAGAGAAAUAGAUGAAGACUUAGACGCUGAAACACAAGGUAAAGUUGAUGAGAUUGUCAAGAAGAAGAAAAAGAAGAAGAAAAAUAAGGAAAGGGAAAAUGAUGCUGAAGAUGUGGAUGCUGAGAAUUUAACCAUUGAGAACUGUCAGGAGGCAGAGGCUGAGAAACUUCAUGUUGACAUGGAUAACGAAAAGGAGAAAAAGACGAAAAACAAGAAAAAGAAGGUAGAAUUGGAUGUAGUGAAAGCAGAGGAAUUGCCAACUGAAAACAGCAGCAAAGCAGAACCUGAUAACAUGCAAAGUGAAGAUGGUGUGAAUAGUGAAAAGAAGAAAAAGAAGAAGAAGAAGAAAAGUAAAGAUAAGAAUACAGAAGAGUUACCUAUAGAAAAUAGUUGUGAAGGAGAAUCUGAAAAUGUGGAUGUUCAGAGGACAGAUGAGGUAAGAGGAAUGGAGAGGAAGUAAAUGGAGUGGAUGCAGGAAAUGAAAUGGAAAAACCAAAGAAGAAAAAGAAGAGGAAGUUAGAUGAAACUGAUGGAAUAAUGAGGAAAGUGGUGUUACUGAACCACAAACCAGUGAAAAGAAAAAGAAAAAAGAAGAAGAAAAGCUUAUGCCAAGAAGAAAUUCAAGAAGAGAAUUGUAAUGAACCUUCAGAUGAAAUUCCCAAAGCCAUGCCUCCAGACUGCACGGAUGAGGGAGAGGCAAAAAUUGCAGAAGAAACUUCGCAAAUGGAAGAAUCUACACCCAAAAGGAAGAAGGGAAAGAA